CAUGGCGGCCGCCAGGCCGCUGUCCCGCUUCUGGGAGUGGGGCAAGAACAUCGUGUGCGUGGGCCGGAACUACGCCGACCACGCCGCGGAGAUGCGCAGCGCCCUGCCGCGCCAGCCGCUGCUCUUCCUGAAGCCGUCCAGCGCCUACGCGCCCGAGGGCGCGCCCGCGCUCCUGCCGGCCCACAGCCGCCUGCUGCACCACGAGCUCGAGCUGGGCGUGCUGAUGGGCCGGCGCGUCCGCGCGGUGCCCGAGGCCGCCGCCAUGGACUGCGUGGCCGGCUACGCCCUGUGCCUGGACAUGACCGCCAGGGACGUGCAGGACGAGUGCAAGAAGAAGGGGCUGCCCUGGACCCUGGCCAAGGGCUUCACGGCCUCCUGCCCCGUCAGCGCCUUCGUGCCGAAGGAGAGGGUCCCCGACCCGCACAACCUCAGGCUCUGGCUCGAGGUGAACGGCGAGCUCAGGCAGGAGGGACACACGUCGGCCAUGAUCUUCUCCAUCCCCUACAUCAUCAGCUACGUCUCCAAGAUAAUGGCCCUGGAAGAAGGGGACCUCAUCCUGACGGGGACGCCGAAGGGAGUCGGGCCGGUGAAAGAGAACGACGAGAUCCGGGCCGGCAUCGACGGGGUGGUCACGAUGAGGGUCCGGGUGGAGAGGCCAGACUACUGAGCGAGCAGCCCUUCCCCAGGAAACCCGUGUUCAGUGACGUGCCUGGGGCCUGGGCUCGGCCGAGGGAAGGUGACCUCCGGGGAGUGGCCGAGACCUGCUUGGAAGCGGAAGGAGAGCAGGCGCCAGGCUUCUAAAGGAGGGUGUGCGGACCACAUGGCCGCACCCACCGUCCUAAGACCCUCGGCCCGGGCCUGGCCGGUGGGGCACUCUGGGUGCGUAGCUCAAGACCUGAAAUCUGCAGAGGAAGUGAAGCCUUCUCCGGCCCUGCCCGCGGCUGUGUCACCGGAGGCGCCCAGGCCCUGCAGGGUCGGGGAGUGGGAAUCACCCUUGGCGGGUGAGCAAGUAAUGCAGAGCGCCCGAGUGCGCCGCGGGCACAGUCGCUGAGUUGGGCAGAUCAUCUUGAAACUUGUUUUUAAAAUAAAUACGCUGUCACCCACGCGGCCUGGAAGUCCACUCCGUUCCUCCGGGGAGCGGGCGGAGGGCACCCGCUCGUCACGUGGCUUUCAGACCUGUCGUCCGUGGUGCUGUCUCCAGCUGGUCAGGACCUCACCCUGCGACCAGGCUGGAAGUGGCUUCUGGGAAGCUGAGCGCCAGGGGUGCUGCUUUUGUACCCCGCUUCCUCUGGAGCAGGGCCCACAGCACAGCUGUCAGCGCCCCCCCGGGGCCUGGGCUCCGGCCAGGCGGAAGGCACCCCUGGCCUCUGAAAGCGGGGGCCCUGACGCUCGGCCGCGUGGCUUAUGCUUAGCGCCGCCAGGCUGCGGGCUGGGGCACCCUGUGCCCAGCUAGCCCCACCGAGGCUGCAAGGCCGGUCCCUUCCCACGGAGGACCAGGAGACCCGAGGGGGCCAGAGCCAGCCUGGCCCCGCUCUGCCAGGACCAGAAGUGAAGCCCGGCCCAGGCGGGCUGCGUCCCCCGAGACGGACGCGGGACUGUGCCAAGGCCACCCCAGGACGGGUUAGUUUAUGAGAUGUUCUGAGGCUCAAGUUCUUUCAUCUUUUAAUCAAGUUUCCUUCUUUAUUUUUUAUUUUAUUUUAUUUUUUUGGUGGGACCCUGACCGGCGGCCGGAGAACGAACCGGCACUGCAGAGGCUGCGGGCAGCCUCGCAGCCCAGCGCUCAACCGCUGCGCCACCAGGGGAGGCCCAAGUUUCCUUCUUUAAUGACCUAACGCAUGCACGUGGUUAAGCAAAACAAGCCCCCCCCAACCCGCCCCAACUUUCACCCACCCCAAGAUGCCAGAGGCAAGCCUGGGGUGUGUCCUCCCCAUCGGUGGGUGUGCUGUGAUUUCACACAAGGAAGGGGCGUUGUACUUGCCAGCUAGAAAAAGCUGGGAUGCGGGGCGUGGGUUCCCCUUUGAUUCAUACCAGGUAUUUUCUAAUUUUUCCACAAUAAACGUAGAAAUUUAUAAUAAAAAUAUUUAAAACAAGACUGUAUUUGGGGCCUCCCUGGGGGCGCGGGGGUUAAGUCUCAGCACUAUGAAGCUCUCACCACUGCGGCCUGAGUUCGAUCCCCAGGCAGGGAGCUACCCACAGGGCGCAGCAGACCUCUCCUGCUUCGCCCGCUGCUCCCCUCAGCAGUGUAUUUCAGUCAGUCUGCCUGUUCUGCUCCCCACUCUGUCUCUGGUGAGUCCUCUCACCCCCUGUACCUCUGGCCUGUGCCCCAGCUCUUGUAUGCAUAAAUAAAUUUUUCAAAAAAACCCCCAAAAAUCUGUAUUUCAACAAGACACACGUCCAGAGCUCUUCAGGUGAGUCGUGGGUGGGUAGAGCAGGAGAGGUGCCCUGUCCCCAGGGGCAGUGGGUGGAGGGCCCUGAUGGCCAGUCUCAGGGCUCACAGUGCCGCGAAGCCGGAGGUGAGAAGGCACCGCCGAGGAGGC